GCUUUAAACUGGUUUAACCUUUUGUUUCAGCAUCUGUAUGGAGUAACAUAAUUCAAUGAUAGGUAAUAAUAAACUAUUAUUUAAAUGUGACCUUUAAUCUAAAACAAGUGUUGACAGACAGUUAAUCCAUCCACUUGCUUAUCUUUGCAGUGAUCAUAAUAAAGAUCAUACUAAUAUUAAUAAUGGUAAAUUGUUUCACUCCAUCCUUCCCAAGCCUCCAAUUGACUGAAAUCCGCGGGUUGCUGUUCGUGGUGCUGAACCCUCUCCAAACACACACCUACUGUACAGAACAUUCGGCACAGCCUUUUACUGGAGGUUGCUUUGCGCAUGCGAUGAAGUAAUGCGGGGCCACUUGUUUAAACAGAUGGCCAGAUCAAGAGCAGGUAGGCUACAUAGGCAUUUUUCUACGUUUACUGAAAACCUUUAAAACCACAAUUUCCGGCUUUAUUUUGUGCUGCCCGCCCCCGCUACCUUUGUUUCAACGCAACAAGCUGCAGCACCAAUGUGGUGUCUGUACGCUGAAAAGCCGCACCACCUGUGACUGCAGCCUCCUACCUCUCUUUUAUCCUCCGGACUCCCAAUGUCGACUCUGAGGAUGAAGAAGCAAAACGUCCGGACCCUCUCGCUCAUCCUCUGCAUGUUCUCCUACCUGCUGGUCGGCGCCGCGGUGUUUGACGCGCUGGAGUCCGAGUCGGAGAACUCCCGCAGGCGCAUCUUGGAGCAGAAGCGCAGCGAAAUGAAGAGGAAGUACCGCUUCUCUGAGGACGAUUACCGCGAAAUCGAGCGAGUGGUGCUGCAAGCGGAGCCCCAUCGCGCCGGGAGGCAGUGGAAAUUUGCUGGUUCCUUUUAUUUUGCCAUUACGGUCAUUACAACAAUUGUGUUGCUACAAUAUGCUUCAAUGCCUUCUUCUGCUCACCCCCAAACCUUUCUGCAACAAGGGUAUGGACAUGCUGCACCAGGCACAGAUGCAGGAAAGGUCUUCUGCAUGUUCUACGCUGUUCUUGGCAUUCCUCUCACUCUUGUGAUGUUCCAGAGCCUGGGAGAGAGAAUGAACACAUUUGUCCGCUACCUCCUCCAUAAAAUGAAGCAGUGCCUGGGUUUUAGAUGCACUGAGGUGUCCAUGGAGAACAUGGUCCUUGUGGGCUUCCUGUCCUGCAUUGGAACUCUAUGUGUGGGGGCUGUAGCCUUUUCCCACUUUGAGGGAUGGAGUUUUUUCCAUGCUUACUACUACUGCUUCAUCACUCUCACAACUAUUGGCUUUGGGGACUUUGUGGCCCUGCAGAAAAAAGAGGAUCUCCAGGAGAAAACACCUUAUGUUGCUUUCAGCUUCGUGUACAUUCUGGUGGGUCUGACUGUCAUUGGGGCUUUUCUUAAUUUGGUGGUUCUGCGUUUCCUCACCAUGAACACAGAGGAUGAGAGACGAGAUGCUCAGGAGAGAGCUUCAUUGAAGAGGGACAAGGGUCUUUUAGAAGGGCCCACCAGCCUCCGUGUUGAAGGCGAACAGAGUAGAGACAGCCGCAGGGAGAGGAACAGGGACACCAUGGUGCACAGCCGCAGCCACAGCACACUUUUCCUCCCAAUGCAGGAGGGAACCAGUCGCACCAACCUCAUCCCUUCUCCAGCUGAGGAUGCAGCGAGACAAGAAAGUCCCUGCAGGCACAGGCUGCAUUUUCAGAUUAAGACAGGAAGACGGAGGGAGCAGACAAGCUUCAGCUCUCUCUGUUCCUCCUGCAUGUGUUACCGCUCAGAGAUUUGUGACAGCCCUAUGGCGAACUGCAGCAAACACCAUGGAGGCCACAUUAACUCAGUUUACUACAACUCAGUCUCCUAUACGAUCGAGCGCUGCUCGUCAAGAUCCAGAGACAAUACUGGACUCUCUUCCCCUGGAAGCACACUCUCACCUGAGCACAGCUUUCAGGAGUUUCCUAGUUUAAGGAGAAACUCGAUGUAAAAGGUGUUAAUGUAAGGGGAAAGAGUCUGCACACACUGCAAACUUCAUUUAUUUGUUCGAUUCUUUUUGCGCAUGACAGAAUUCUGUUUAUUGAAUAAACUUUCUCUUGUAGCUAUUGAAACUGAUUUUAUUUAUAAUGCAAGAAUGUAUUUAUUCCUUGUUAUUAUAUAGACAUUUGUUAUGUACUCUGCUAUUUUGAUUGCAUGUAGCAGUGCAUGCUAAAAAGAAUGUAAAGCACUCAAUGCAAAUGCAUCAGAGCUGCAUAAAAAUGGGAUUUCUUUGUCAAAUUUAAUACAGAAAUGAAGUCUUACAUCUGUGACUUAAGACCUGUACAUUUUUUGCAUGGAAAGAUUUCUCAGUUUACUCAAAGGAAUUAGAAUACAAACAAAGUUUGACCUAAUCAGAACAUUCCAAAUUUUAAAACAAGUGCAGAACUCCUAGUGAUAGGAGUGAUUGCAUAAAUGUUGACAAAGUGACAACGUUCCACCUGGUUGUGGUUCCACAUGAACCACAACCAGCUCAAAUUUCUGACGGAUCAAAAAUAGUUGCUGGACACUACAUGCGGAAAAAGUUUCUUUCCAGAUGAUGUGUUGAGAAAAAGCUGUGAAAACUCACAAACUGGGGUUGUGAUGAAAAAAUGAUAUCAUUCUUUCCUCAGAACCCCAGGAGAGAGAACAAAUUUGUCAGUUUUUGAAGAGUAUGUAUAGACCUUUAGGCACCAAGUCCCAUAAACAAGACUCCAGAUUUGACUUAUACUUGCACUCGUACUCAAGUUAAAAGUUAACCAGUAAGUGUAAAGCAUUUUAGUAAAUGAUUAAUUAUGUUGCCCUUCAAAGCAUUUACUGUAAGUAAGCCACAAGCGUAGCUGUGACGGAGGGGCACAUGUUUUCCUGUUAAUGGUUGCAAUUGAUUAAUCAGGGAUGCAAAUCGUGGGCUAUUAAUGGCUUAUAGUAACCAGUUCAGGUUUAUUGUAGCAUCAUAAUAAUGACCACACAAAUUAUUCUCAAUUAGAGUUUUGAAUUAAAUGACUUUGGUUUGUUUGCGAACAUAGUGAACUUACCUCAAAUAUAACAAGGUAGCAGCAUUACAAAAACAUGUCCUGUUCUUCAAAUUAAAAACACGUCGUUACUGACUGAUUAAAAAUUCAACAUUAACUGGUGUUAAUCUUUUGAACCUAAUUUCUCAAUGAGCAUGAAUGAAUUUUUACUGGGGCAAAGUAUUUCACGUUAAUUAUUUUCUACAUGAAUUCACAGCAUUUCAUAGCAGUUAUUUUAAAUGUUGAACUGAACAUUCUGAAUGCUAAAUGCAGAUAAGUUAAAUUAGGGCUCAGGAUUAUGAUUUAUAUUCAUAACCUAACUAGACUGCAUGCACUCCAUGUGAGAAUGUUAACAUGAGUCUCUAGAGACUUAUGACUUGACUCGGACUUAGAAAAAAUGACUUGUGAACAUCUGUGAUUUAACAAGAGGAAUAUUAGGAGGAGUAUUUACUUAGCAAUGAAAGGGACUUGUAUAACCCUAAGAGGACUCUGAUCUUGCUUUAUGAAGAUACCUACAUUUUUCCUGCCAUAGAAAUAUGAUGUCAUGAUUCUAGUUUUCUAUUUAAAAAGCCUUAAAGUUUGACCAAGCACAUCAGAUGCAUGACUAUUUUAGACAGUGCACAUAGUAAAAUAUUUUAUUACCUGACACUGGAGUGAGGCGGUAAACACUCAAAUGGAAAAAUGUUGAUGUUGGAACAUGAGUAAAUAAAAUAGAUGUAGCUUGUAACAUAUAUGUAGCAGGUUGUUAAGGUCUGAUCCAAAUUUCUGUAGAAGCUUUUAUCUUCCAGCGAGGGAAGGUGUUGUUUUAGUCCUCACUGAUGUCAUUCUCUUCCAGUAUUGUUUGACUAAACCAAAUGAGCGUACAGUUGAAUGUGUGCUUUUUUAUUUAGACUACAGCCUUCUUAUCCUACAUUGUGAAGAGAUACAUUUAUUUAUAUUAUUGUUUUAUUUAUAUUAUAUUAUUUUGAAGAAUCUGUAUUCAUUUGUCUUCCUUUCACUUGUGUGUUUUUUUAUUUCAGAGAAUAAAACCUUGUAACUAUUUGUCUGACCAUCUGUUUAACUGACUAAAGUUUCUUAACAGUAUUUAAAGUUUUAGAUUCUGUGUUAUAUAGCAAUAUAGAUGCUCAGAAAGCUGAUAAAUACACCUGCCUAUACAGAGGCCCAUUCUGACUCAGACUGUUGAAAAGGUCUUCAUCAUCACAUUAAAGUCAGCUAAAAUAACUCAGAGAGACUCAG